AGGUAUUAAAAAUGUACAUAUAAAUAAAUAAGUUGCUAAGAUACGAGAACAUACGACUGCGUAAUAGUCGGUCUGGUGGGGCGAGUAGAGACUUCCGGUAUGAUUGUAUAAAUUAUUUUUAUUAAAUGUCAAUAACAAAGCUAUCAAUUUACAGGCAACAAGAAGUCGACAACGGUCAACGGAGAAUUCUUGAUGUAUCUUGCUUAGUGAAGAAUUCAAGCUUACUUCUCAGACUACGUAGACACAAGAAUGAGUACUUCUAGUUCGAUAAUCGUGUGGGAAUGGGAAGCACAGUCUCGCAUAUGGGUUCCUUAUACACCGCGAGUUUCUCAGCAUAUCGAAAGCGAAUUUCGCCGUUCUAUGGGUUCUGGAAAAGUCGAUCUUGGCGGUCAAAAUAUGAUUGAAUUAACCGGCUGUGAAAUAGAUUUUUCUCGUAUGAAACAAGUGAACGUUCUUACAAGUAGGCUCGGUGUAUUUUUUCUUUUGUAUGUUAAAUAAUAUAGGUAAUCGAUAUAAGUUAUGCGAAGAAUUUUUAUAAUUCUUUCAAACUCUCGUUUCUUGGAAUUUGCUAUUUUAUAUUCAUAAACGGGCUAGACAGCGUUGAGUACAAACAUCGUUAAUACAAACUGUCAAAUGAAGGGUCAUCGCUCGAAACGUCGAAAUUCUUCUUGUAUUUUUUAGAUAAUUAUUUUAUCACUUUAUUUUUGCUUUUAUUGCAAGUUACUUGCUGUAACAUAAAUCAAGUUGUGCUCAGUUGUACAAAAUAAAGCAUUUUCCAUGACCAUUACAUUGUAAUUUAAUCCAAAUGAUACAUUACUGUGAUAGAAAUAUUCAUUAGUGGUUGCCUUGAAUAAAUUUGCCUUGAUAACUCGGCAAAAUUCACUUACACCCCCCGUUCAAAGAGGUCUGGUGCCACCCCUGCAUUUACAUAAUUCUAAUGCUUAGUUUUCUUUGUUCUAAUCUAUCAUCUCUAUACCUGGGACAAGUGGUUUGAGAUUUUAUCAAUGAAAACUAAAAAGACAGCAAAACAUUCCAACAACCAAGUUGAGCCAACCCUGACUGGAUAGCACCACUGUUAUGAUAGCACCAAACAAAUAUAGACCGAAUAUUUUCCAAUUUAUAGAGGAAUCUGUGAAAGUCCGGCAGCAAAAGUACCCAUCCGACUGCCCUUUUGCAAAAGGCAUCUGUUGGAAAUGGUUUGCAGAUUUUCAAUGGCAAUUCUAUGACGUCCUAACCUCAAAUUAUAUUGAAGAUGCAUUCCAACAAAAAUCAAAGCGUGUUCAUCUUCGACGCUCACCCAUACGUAUUCCAAAUGUAAUUUACUUUAGUAACAUGGAGCAGGUGAACAAAAAGACAAAAUUUUCUCGAAAGAUUGAACGUGAGGAAACGAAAGAGCAGUACCCUCAAGCGAACCACGAAACAGCAAAUAUGACAGGGCAACACAGUUUUACACAGGGUUAUAACCCAAUGUUGUCAAGUGUUAGUAGCAGAGUGAUAACACAUACCUCAGCCGUACAACCUGUUGUACAGAGUUAUAAUCCUGUAAUGUCAAAUGGCAGUAACACAUCAACAUAUACCAACGGUAAUUUAGGAAGUCUUAACUCUGCAUUCAGUGCAGUAAGACCACAUAGUAGUAAUACCAACAUACAAACUGUUACACAGAGUUAUAAUCCUGUAAUGCCAAAUAACAAUAUAACACAAAUUAACGGUAACUUAGGUAGUCUUAACUCACCUUUCAGACCAGUAAUACCACAUAGUAAUAAUACCAACAUACAACCUUUUACAUCAAAUUAUAAUCCUCUAAUGCCAAAUGGCAGUACUAAUACAACACAUACUAACAGUACUUUAGGUAACCUUAGCCCACCUUUCAUGUCAGUAAACCCUGGUUUUGGAAUAGUACCCCAUAAUACUAAUAGACUAACACAUUUUGGUGUCAACCCAUCUUCUAACCAUAUGGGUACCAGUACAAUGACAAAUAUCAACAACCAGACUGGUUUAACCAUGCACAACACAUCACCACUGUACCAUACCCGAGGUCAACUACCUGUUGGUCACACACCACCGAGAUUACAGAAUGGCGGCAUGAAUUCAAACUAUGGUGCUAGUCUUAUAGGGGGAGCUUCAUCUCACACAAACAGCGGCGCUCCUGUGGCUUCUAGUGGUCGGAGAAAACAAGCCCGUAGAGCAAAUGCCUUGAGUCCCACAUCAAAAUCUGCACGUAAGAAUCUAAAAUAUUCAUUAUAUGUACAGUAUAUUCUCUAUACUGUAUACAAGUAUUUACGCGUUGUUAUACAAAUACAGUCAUAUAUUAUCAAUAAUUCAUGAGCAAAACGCAAAGGAGAAAAGCACGGCAUCGUUGUCUUGGGCCACGUUUACACUGUAGCUUUCCGACGUGAAAACCUUCUAUCCGUACCUUUUAGGAACGCUAUUUUCAGAGGAAUUAUUGCGAGUAUGGUUCGAGUAUGUGAUAUUUCAGAACCGAGUCUAGUUCCUUCGAUAUCAGUGUAAUCUAGUAAUCAUGAUUACUAGGAUUACUAGACUACAUUGAUAUCGAAGGAACUAGAAAUAUCAUAUACUCGAAAUAUCAUAUACUCGAACAGACCUGACCGCGUAAUUCAGUUGGCAGAGCAUUGGGCUGGUAUUCCGAAGGUCAUAGGUUCGAUUCCCACCGUGGCCAGGCAUAUUUUUCAAGCUGGUCCGGUGUGGAUAUACACUCAGAGUAACAUCACAAGCAACGACCUUUAGAGUGUUUAAGAUCUCGAAACCGCUUAUUAGAGACUAGAGUAGUUUUAAAGUUUAUAUCACAAGUACAUAGUGGUGAAAAACUCGGCUACAAAUAAAAAGCUACAUUUCUUUUGUUAGGGUCAAUCAGUGGUCCACUCGACAACUUCGCCAGACCUGUCCUGGGUGGCACGCAAUCGGAUGACGUAAGUGGCACACUGGUUGCGCGGGGCCCGGGGCAAACUUUUACAGGGGCACAUAUGACGUCAUAAUUGUAAAACACGAGAAGCGGUGUUGUACAAAUUACAAUAUAUUGCACUUUUUCGCAUAUUACCCGGAACACUGACGCAGCUAUGAAGAAAAUAUACGGGACUUCAAGAGUCAUCAAGUUUUUUCUCGUAUAUUCUCACAAAUGACUUUCCAUAUUGUCUAUCCAGAUAUGGCGGCCUGGAAACUAAACAGGGGCGGGUUGUACGAAGGUCGGAUAGCGCUAUCCAUCGGAUAGUGAUUUUUUCAACUGUUGUAAAAUGCUUGAAAAAGUGUGAAACUGCGGAUAUAGACGACACAAGAAGUAUAAAAAAACAUUUAACUUAUAAACAACGACUGAUUUAACAAAGCUUGAAAAAAUCACUAUCCGGUCGAUAGCGCUGUCCGGCCUUCGUACAACCGGCCCCUGGGAGUCAUUGUGUUAUUUUUUUAAUUGCUUAACAGUCGUAUAAAGAGAUCGAUGGUAAGGAUAAAACAGAACAUUAGUCACUUAUUAAGUCCCACCAAAACAUUACAAGACAAAGAUCACGUUAUAAUUGUUUUUGUUUGUGGAAACACCACGUAAAUUUAUUACCGCAAAGCUUUCGAUCCGUAAGCCCGGAUCUUCAUCAGUGCUAAUAAUAUGUCAUAUUAUGUCAUAUAUGACAUAUUAUUAGCACUGAUGAAGAUCCGGGCUUACGGAUCGAAAGCUUUGCAGUAAUAAAUUUACGUGGUGUUUCCACAAACAAAAACAAUUAUAUUUUAUCGCCAUGCAAACAUUCAAAGAACUUAAAGAUCACGUUGUACAUACAAAACGAAAUUGAACAAUUAAUUAAUUUGCUUGCUCGAGGAGUAAAUUCAAAUUAAGACGUUUUAAUUUUUGUCUGCGUUUAUGUAAAUUUGUGCACGGUCACUUCUUGAAGACUGGAAACUAAGGUCUAAUUUGAGUUGGCCACAGAUCGGACCAUAUAGUGGGUUAAUUCCAAUAUACAUUUGUUGUAUUUUACAGGAAUGCGCGAUAUGUUUAGAAAGCCUGAACACCCCGUCAGAUUACGAUAACAAUCCCACAGCAGAUGUACAAUGUGUGAGCGCUGAUAUACUUCAGCUGCUCAAGUGUAAACACAUGUUUCACAGGAUUUGUUUGCAAAGAUUGUUAGAAAGUGGCACAUCGCAGGUAGGUUUUAAUAUUUUUCACAAGAACGUGAAAAUUAAUUUAACCCCCACCUCUAAUAACCCCUCCUCUCUUUUCUAAUAAGCCCCGCCCCCACUGCCCAUAAGUCCAGAAUCACUGAGAUAAAAAUAAGCCAUCAAGGGGCUAAAUAGAGGAAAUACGGUGUUCAUGUUCCUCCCUAUAUAUACAGGAAUACGAGUUUGUAGAUAUUCCUAAUGCACAGUUCCUUCAGCCCCGGACUGAGUAAUUCCUAUAUGGACAUUAACUUUGUGUAUUUUAUAUGUUUGUGAGUACGUAUCUGUGCGAGUUGUUUGGGAUGUUUGCAGCUGUAUGUGUAUAUUGUUUUAGAGUAAUUUUAAGUAAGUUAUGUGUUAAUAUUUUGCUGAAAGGCUCGCAAGGGGAUAUGAAAUAAAUAUGUAUGUAUGUAUAUGUAUGUUAUUUACAUGUUAUGUAUGUUAUAACAUUUUUUAAAAUACAGUACAAACAGUCCCUCCUAUCCUGCCUGAUAUAGUCUUAACCUACUUGUCAAAUUAUGAAUUAGAAGCUAAAUAUUGAUAUGUUUACUUUGCGAUAACGAUCUUCUACUUUCUAUUAUAUUCCAUAUAAAAUUAUUAACAUGCAGUAGCCAACUCGAAAGCUCACGCUAUUUUGGUUACUGCGCACAUCCAAUCUAAGUUUAUAAUAACAUCAUUAUGUAAUAAUCCUUAAGACAAGUUAAGUUCUAUAAUCUCAACAGAUAACUUGUAAAUACUAAUAUCAUGUGCAUAAUAAAUCAUUCUUCUUCUUCUUCAUGUUAAGCCAUGAAGCUUUACACUUUUCCGUUUACGAGUAAAAUUGUCUGGCGUUAAGGCCGUUUCCCACUUCAGUCGUAAGGUAUCGUAUAGCAUUUUCUUUUUCUCUUGUGUCAAAAUCGUUAGUUCUACUCUAGUGCUCAGGAAACGAAGAAAUACGCCUCACUUCGGUUGAAGUAGAAAACGGCCUUUAUUCACGAGUAAAAUAACGACGUUUUAGAGCACAUUGGAGCACAUUACGGCACACCGAAUUGACUAUAGACACGAACAGAUAGCUUGGUUAAAUAGAGCAAUUGCUAUUUGUAUUUGAUUCAAUAGAAUGGUUGUCUACAAUGUCCGACGUGUAAAACAAUUCAUGGUGUAAUGAAAGGAAAUCAACCCGAGGGCGGCACGAUGAGAGUAACAAACAACCGCGAUGAUAUACCGGGCUACCCUGGUUGUGGAUCCAUCGUUAUUGUAUACAAUUUCACAUCUGGUACUCAGGUAUGGUACAGAAUACAGAUUACGUAAUGCCUGUAGAUUUUAUUCAAACUGAAAUUUAAUUUCUGUUGUCUAUCGCGUUCUGUAUGUUUUAUAAUCAUCAGAAUUGUAUAAAAUAUUCCUCCCAAAAGAGAGAUGCCACGAUUUCAGUGACUCUGGAUUUGAAAUCCAAACCCUUUCUGGUGUACCUGUAGUGAUAUUAUACAUAUAACAUCCUUUGUCUUCUGUUGUGAACAGGGACCACUUCAUCCUAAUCCUGGACAGCCGUACCAUGCCAAUGCCUUUCCUCGCACUUGUUAUCUGCCAAAUAAUUCUAAAGGAAGGAAGGCAAGUAUUAGAAAAACAAGCUUUCGUUGGUAGAGAUGCAACUACCCGAAAAAUAUAAGGAGAAUUUCUAAAGUUAGAACAAUUUAAAACUGGUUGAGCUACAGUAUUCAGCAUUAUAGUUUAGCUUGGUUACGUCACUGAUAGAGGAUGAAAUCAGUAGCGUCUCUGAUUAAAAAAUUAUACUUCCUAGGUGUUGAACUUGCUGAAGAUAGCGUUUGAUAGACAGCUUGUGUUCACGGUUGGUAGAUCUGUCACAACUGGACGAGACAACAGCAUUGUAUGGAAUGAUAUUCACCACAAAACCGAGGGUUAUGGAAACGGUUCAGGCUAUGGUUUUCCAGACCCAAAUUAUUUGGAUAACGUACUGGCAGAACUGGCUUCGCAUGGUGUCACAGACGAUACACAAGAUAAUUAAAGCCCGGACCGAAUGAAGAUGAGAGUUGGCAGGCACGCCACCUUGCCUGGUUAGCUGUUCUUAAUGCUUUCCCAACACUAUCAUGUACUCUAUUUGAGAUCAAAUACAGGGUGUAUCAAAAAACCUGCAAACACUAUAAUUUGCAUAAUUCUGCUGCUUGCUAGCAUUUCAAUAUCUGUGCUACUUAUUUUGCUCCUGGGAUGUGAAAAUACAUUCUAAUUAACCGCGUUUAUAGAAAUUAGAAUAACACAACGUUGUUUGUAAUGCAGAAAACUAAUCAUCAGUUCGACUGCGAAUGGGUCAACUAUUGUGUUUACGCACGCUUGGGAUCAAUUAGUUCCGUGAAUCUUGCAAAUUCUAAAAAAAUGUAUAUCAAAGCGUUUGCAGGUUCUCUGAUGCACCCUGUAUAGUUGGAACACUUAUCAAACCUUUAUUUUGUUAAUCUAGAGCUUGAAAUGUCGCCUGUAACAAACAAUGCGUUUCUGUCAACUCUUAUCCUUUGUUUGAAACUGAGGCAAACUAAUUUGCAAUUCAUCUAAUGACAUAAUACCCGCAAACUUUGACAGUGAAAAAGUUGAUCAAGACGAGCUUUUUUACCAUAAAGAUAUAUUACAUUUCUUCUUAGAAUGACCCAAGAAUUACACAUGCGAAAAAUUAUUUCAAGGAUUAGUCGCACUUUUAAGGAGAAUGAGCAUCUAAGUGGCUGUUUAUAUGAAGGCGAAUGGGUCCGUUGAUAUAUGCGGGAUGUCGGUUGAACGGGCCAGUCCAUGUAAACUCGAGAUCAAAUUUACCAAGACUGCCUCAUUCUAUAUAAACAGCCCCCUCCUUAAACUCUCACAUACGUUUGAUCUGCUAACUCUCGAUAUGCUCUCACGAACUUUAGACAACUCAAAUUGUGAUGAGAGAACGAGUCUUGGCCAUAGAUAUCUAUGGUCUUGGCUCGUUUAUAAACCAUCAUACAUGUUCACACACAAUAAUUUGCAUGUAAUGUACACAAUAGUGGAUCGAUAGUAUAUGACAAUGAAAGAGAGACUUGGAGCAAGUCUAUAAUUUGAAAGGCCUUGCAUUUCCAGGAUACUGAAACAGGGUGUUGGGCAGAAAUUUAAGGUAGUAGCUGUUCGUACUGAAUUAGCAUUUCUCACGCCGCCAUUUUUGGGGUACUGUCUUUUCCAAAUCUGAGAUUGUACGCAGUGAAUGAGGGAUUUGUAUAAAUAUAAUUGUGAGUAUAAUCAUUAUAAGUUAAUUUACAGUUAAAUAUUUGAAAAAAUGUUUUCACAUCGAUUACAUUUUUUUCACGACGUGUUCAAAAACGUACCCCAAAAAUGGCGAAUUUGGCCUUCGUGAGAAAGGCUAAUUGGGAAACAUGGAAAUUGUUAAGCGUAGCAGAACGCUUCUCCAAAGGUCGCGAUGAGACUGCAGAAUUUCUCAAAAGUGGCCUGAAUUCUACAUUCUAUGUAAAUAGUUUAACAAAGAAAGCAGCAUGUAACAACAGUAUACAAGAAAAUCCAUAAUCAUUACGAUAGAAAAACUUUGUUUAGCAAUUUAAAAAAUAUUUAGAGAGUGUAGGCUUUGCUUUACACAGUAAUGUGCUCAAUGUAACUAGAAUAUUAAAAUGACACUAUCAGUCAGAAUGGAACUUUGAAUACAUAUAUGUAUACUUUUAUAGAGACAUUAUUUUGUAAUAUAAUAUGUGUAGUAUAAAUUAAAUUAAUCAGAAUAAAUAGCUCAAUGUAUUGUAAUUUCUACAGUCUAUAUAUUGGGUUUCUGAUUUUGUAACUUAUUACUGUCGAUGUGGAACCAUUUCAAAGCUUCACAAUGAAGUCACACUUUUUAAAAUCAUAUUACAUCAUCUCUAACCAGAGAAUAAGCCUUUACCAUACAUAAACAAUUUUUGGUAUUCGACCAGGUUAUACUUUAGUUCUUGGGAAAAUUAAAAUUUGAAAAUAUCAUUGUUACAAGACACUUGCUGAAAGGGAUGACAAUUUGGAAGUCGGGGUUUUCUUUUUAGAGGGCACACUUUAGGGAGGGGAGGAGUUUAAAUCAACGCAGCCUUGCUGGACCUUGUAGAACAACCAAUACCAGAUACCGAAUGAGAUUAUUUCACUAUCCAGCCAUAUAUCUGGCAAGUAUGAGAGUUUUGAAUCAUAACUCAUCACCAGGUUUUAAACAGGAAGUAAUCAAUCUUGGCAACAUUUAUUUUGCGAAGUCUCCACCACUGUUGAGGAUUGAUCAAUGAAAUCAAACAGACAUGCUUCUUGUCAUUUAUCCUUCAAAAUUAGGUCAAGUUCUAUUCCCACAAUGCCAAACACCUCUUUUUUUCUCUGUUUACUGUUGUGGUGAAAAAAGCUUUUUAAUCAUUUCUCGUUCCCUUAACAGCAAGGAUGGAUGCCAUAGGUCAAUCAUUAAUACAACCCUAGGUUCAUUUAUGUUGCCAUAGCAAUACACUUCAUGAUAAAAAGAGUCAUCAAAAACCAAGGUUUUCUCUUCUUGCCAAGUUUGCUGUUCACCAGCCACGGAAAUAUAGUAUCCCUUAGAGGCUUGCAAUGGCACAUGACAACGGAUACGAACGUUUGUGGGUCCACAGUGACGAGCGAUGCUUGUGCCUGGUAAUAGCACAGAAAAAACAACAUUCCCAAAAGCACAAUCCAACAUGGCUGAUGUUAAUCCUUCAAUCGUUUCAACUAUCCUUGGGCAUUUUAAGCAAUUUUGUUCAUUUUUCACACCUUGGUUAACCAAAUAAAACAAAUACCAUCCACCCAAAGGCACUUUGUUUGCCACCCAACCAAUGUUUAAAUCCUGGUAGACAUUCAUAAACUCUCUUUUAAAAACAUCCAAGGUGCUUCGGUUUUCUAAAAUCGAGACUUCGUUUGCAU